AUGUCAAGGAGUGCAAACGUACAACCUCAGGCAACAGCAGCAGCAGCAGCAGUGAUUAACCAAACAGGCAACCAGCAGUACCAGCAGGUGCAGCAGCAGCAGGUUUCACAGCCACAAUCGAGAGAACGCAUGCAGCAGAUGCAGCACCAGGAGCAGAAGCAGGCGCAGAAGGCGUCGAAGGGCACAAACGGGGUGCAGCAGGGUUCGAACGGUGGAUAUUCGUCGUCGAACGGGUCGAACAACGGGGGUCAGGUGGUGGGGCUCCACUACAAGAUCGGGAAAAAGAUCGGUGAAGGGUCGUUUGGAGUGAUCUUCGAGGGCACAAACCUCAUCAACGGGAUCCCGGUGGCGAUCAAGUUCGAGCCACGCAAGACAGAGGCACCGCAGCUCCGGGACGAGUACAGAACAUACAUGCAUCUCAUCGGAAUCAAGGGCAUUCCGACGGCCUACUACUUCGGGCAGGAGGGGUUGCACAACAUCCUCGUGAUCGACUUGCUCGGCCCGUCGCUGGAGGACCUCUUCGACUGGUGCGGCCGGAAGUUCUCGGUGAAGACGGUGGUGCAGGUUUCGGUGCAGAUGAUCACGUUGAUCCAGCGGGUGCACGAGCACGAUCUCAUAUACCGGGACAUCAAGCCGGACAACUUCUUGAUCGGCCGCCGGGGCAUGCCCGACGAGAACAAGGUGCACAUGGUGGAUUUCGGCAUGGCCAAGCGGUACCGGGACGCCCGGACCAAGAAGCAUAUCCCCUACCGGGAAAAGAAGUCCUUGAGCGGCACCGCCCGGUACAUGUCCGUCAACACGCACCUGGGACGCGAGCAGUCACGCCGCGACGACAUGGAGGCCCUGGGCCACGUGUUCUUCUACUUUCUCCGCGGCCACCUCCCCUGGCAGGGCCUGAAGGCACCCACCAACAAGCAGAAGUACGAGAAGAUCGGCGAGAAAAAGAGAUCCACGCCCAUCUCCGACCUCUGCCAGGGUCUCCCUCCACAGUUUGGCGAGUAUCUCCGCCGGGUUCGCAACCUCCAGUUCGAGGAAGAGCCAGACUACGACGGUUACCGCAACCUCAUCUCCUCUGUGCUGGAUGACAUCGGGGCCACCGCGGAUGGCCACUACGACUGGAUGGACUUGAACGGCGGCCGGGGCUGGGACUCCUCCAUCAACAAGAAGCCCAAUCUCCACGGCUACGGCCACCCGAACCCGCCCCACCACCACCAGAGGCGUGCCCGGACCAGCCAGCAGUAUUACCAGAGGCACCACUCGCACCAGGCCUUGGCCCAGCAGCAGCAGCAGCAGCAGCAGCAGAGCCAUCAGCAGAACCUCCAGCAGGCCCAGUUCCACCAGCCGGCCGGCCAGUACCACCACCACACCGCCGCCGCCCAGGCAGACGGCAACAGGCCCCUCCCUAACCUGCCUGACGGCAACAGACCCGCUGCCCGGUACCAGCAGAGGCAGCCACAGCAGCAGGACCAGCUCCAGGGGCAGCCGCAGACCACGGGCGACCCCGUGUGCACGUCGCAGCACCAGAAGCCCGACAACCUGUCCGCCGACUCCUCCAGGGGCUUCUGCUCCAAGUUCUUCGCCUGCUGCUGA